AUGGGCAUGAGAUCAGGGGGAACGAUCCUUAUAAUAUCCAGCAAGAAGGUUCUCUGGACAUUUUCAUUAUAUCUUGAAGUGGUAGCAAUCUUGCCACAGUUGGUACUAUUGCAACAUUCGAGGAACAUUGACAACUUGACUGGAAACUACAUUUUUCUUCUUGGUGCUUACCGAGCAUUAUAUAUUAUCAAUUGGAUCUAUCGUUUCUUUACGGAGAAUCACCAAGUCCGCUGGAUCCCUUGGGUAUCUGGCUUGGUUCAGACUGCUCUUUAUGCCGACUUCUUCUAUUACUAUAUAAAGAGCUGGAAGAACAACGAGAAACUCAAGCUUCCUGAAUGAUGUGGAUCUUUUUUGGUUCAGAUAUACACUAAGAAGUACUGUUAUAGUGGGAAAAUAUACUAGUUUAAGAAUUUUUUUUUUUUCCUUUUUUUUUUCAUUUCAGUUUAGAACAUGCUCUGUGGACCAGGUUGCUAAUGUACCUUUAAUUUAACAGUGACACUGUGACAAGAUGCUUUACAAUUGAAAAAGAAAUGUUAAUCACGUGUUAGUUAUGGGUAAUUGCUAAUCAGAUUUUGCUUUA